GAAAACAACAAUGGCGCACAAGACUUUUUAGGCCUUCGAAAAACUUCUUGUAGUUUUACGAAGCUAAAUAUUUCAAAAUCAUCUGAUCCCCGAUGGAUAGCAGUGGAGAUCUAGAGUGUAUCUUGUUCUCUGAAUUCCAUCCUAUUGCAGGGCCAAAAAUCGUGUACCAGGUCCCAGAAGACUUCAUCUCCAAGGAGGAGUUUGAUUGCGUAGCUGUUUACAUAAUCCCAAAACCUGAGCUGCAGAGCAAGCUGAUCACAGUUAACGCUCUUGGUCACAAGUUUAUUGGUUGUCCAAUCAGUAUAGAAAAUGCCAAAUAUUCCCGGAAUGCCCUUCUUUUCAAUGUCUGUUUUGUCCUCCGUCCCACUGUCGACACAAUACGCUUUGAGGGUGUGGUCAAGAAAUUGGCAGGAUACAUGACAUCACUUGAGCUUGAGUAUGGAUUUAUAUCACAAGAGGAAACAAAAACUUCUCUUACAUCCAUACUAUCAGAAAUCUUUGUUGAGCUCAAUAAGAUUGGAAAAUGUACAGUGCAAAUAGAUGAAGCAAACACCAUUCAUCUGAAAUGCAAUGUAGCCACAAGCAGUGAGUCUUACUCAGUGUUGGAUCAUCAAGUGCCAGUGUUUAUUUGUAACAAGGAUGCUUUGACAUCUUCUGAGUGGGAUAUUACCACACAACAGAUUCUGCCAUAUAUUGAUGGAUUCAAUCAUGUUCAAAGAAUCGCUGGUGAAGCAGAUGUUGAGAUCAGUCUUGUGCGAAUGUGCAUUCAGGAUAUGGUUCAGCAUAAAGUGGUGAAGCUUAUUCCUAUUUUUCAGUACUCAAAUGUGUAUAUUCCAACACCUGAAAUAAAUCAGUUAACUCAAAAUGAGAGAUUACAAAAGGAAUGUCUUGACUACAUUGGAAAAAAGGGUCCUUCCCUUCCUUCAUUCCGUGAUGUCUUUAUGCUGUAUUGUGGACUCAGGCCAGGGGCAACCGUGAAAGAUUUGUGUACAAGAUACAAUCCUGCUAAUCUGCGAGUAGAUGAGAGGCGGUUAAUGCAGUUUGGUAUGGUGACUGGUAUUAUUCGACGUCUCCACAAAUACCCAGUACAAUUGACAACACACAAGACUGGGUCAUUACCCAAAAGCUAUCACAGGAUGAGAGGCAGACAUCGAGAUUCAAAUGGCAACAGAUUCAAACUCACAGACAAAUGGUUGGAUGGAAAUCACAGCUAUGAUGAAAUAUGCUGUAAAACAGGCCUGACGCAUCAAGAACUGGAAGAUAUCAUCGAACAGGAUCCUCAUGUAGUGGUUAUCUGGAAAUGAUACAAGAAAUAUUUAUGACAAUUCUGAAUUUUCGAAGUAACUGAACAUUUUUCCAGCACAAUAGCAGUGUCUGCAGGGUAAAUAUUUGAAAAUACAGAAAGCGAGAAAUUUAUAUUUCUGUAGGAAGGCUAUUAAAAGUGUAAUACAUUAGUAGAUUAUUCCAUAAAUUUAACUUUCAUUUGUUGUCUAUAGUCUAUUUUUUUUGUUUAUAACAUAAUAAACAUAGUACACAUCA